GAUAAGGAAGAGACUACAUGAGAAAAUACCAGACACCUCACCACUGUUCUCCCAGAUGAAUUUUCACCAAGACAAAGGGUCCAGAUUAAUGAAUUAUAGUCGGUCAACAGAAGAUUACAGACAACUGUCUGUGGACUACAGUGACACUAAUAGCAUUUCAGAAAGUACAUCUUUGAUACUGUCUAACCGAGGACAUAGAAGAGGGAGAGUUACCCAGACGCAUAGGUCAUGGGACCCCACCCUUAGUGGAUCAAGGACACAAAGCAGCUACAAGCUCUUCAUAAACAGGUCAGUCAGCGCUGUAGAAGAAAUCCCUGGUGGAGCUCACAGGAACAGCAGACACAACCUGCUAAGUUUAGGCUCCACCUUUUCUGUGUCUACAAAGGACUACACAGCAGCUGCUACAUCACAGAAAUGUUUGUUCCAAAGGAAGGAAAAGUUCUCAGGUCCAGAGUUUAUUAUUUUGUCAAGUGAACCACCAGUGACCUUACAGCUGCCUGGAUCAAUUGUAACUAAGAAAGGAAAAUCCUAUUUGUCUCAAAGGGAUCUCAAUGUGAUUCUACUCAAUGGUCAGUGCCUUGAGGUGCAAUGUGACAUCAAGUCCAAGGCAAGAGAUGUUUUCAAUACUGUGGUGGCAUAUGCAAGCUUAGUGGAACAUUCCUACUUCGGCUUGGCUUACCUGAAAGGUAAGGAGUUUUUCUUUUUGGAUGAUGAGACCAAGCUCUACAAAGUGGCCCCAGAUGGCUGGAAUGACCAACCAAAGAAGAAAACCUCCAUCAUCAACUUCACGCUCUUUCUAAGGAUAAAAUUCUUUGUCAGCCACUUUAAUGUUAUCCAGCACAGCUUGACGAGACACCAGUUUUACCUUCAGCUUCGUAAAGAUAUUUUGGAGGAGCGGUUAUAUUGCAAUGAUGAGACUGCCCUGAAACUUGGCGCCUUGGCUUUACAGGCAGAGCUUGGCAAUUAUGCUUCUGAGGUACACGGAAAGAGCUAUUUUCGUGUUGAAGACUACAUUCCAGCAAGCCGAAUAGAGAAAAUGACCCUGGCAUAUGUACAGAGAGAGCUUGCUAAAUUGCAUCGCAUGAAUCGCUCCCUAUUUGAGGAUGAAGCUGAACUAGAAUUUCUAAAGGUAACUCAGCAGCUUCCUGAAUAUGGAGUUCUCUUCUAUCGUGUGUCCCAAGAGAAGAAAGGAACAGGAGGGGACAUCAUCUUGGGAAUCUGUGCCAAAGGCAUCAUUGUAUAUGAGGUCAAAAAUCACACAAGAAUUGCCAGUUUAAGAUUCCAGUGGCGUGAAACAGAGAGAAUUUCAGCUCAUAGAAAGAAAUUCAUGAUUGAAAGUAGCUUCAGUGGCAAGAAACACACGUUCAUUACUGAUACAGCAAAGACAUGCAAAUAUUUACUGGACCUCUGCUCAGCCCAACACAAAUUCAAUGCACAGAUGAAUUCGAGGCAACUUCGUCAAACUUCAUCAGAGGAAAGUAAAUUUUUGGAAAUAGACAAAUCAAAUUCUGCAUAUGCAGCUCAGCAUGAACACCUUGCCUUGAUUCAGAGACUAUCUCGUUCAGAAAAUGUGCUGUAUGGGACAAACCUGGAAAACCUUUCUGCUGAGAUGAUGAGCAAGUCUUGUGAUAACCUCAGUGUGGAAACCAACAACAGGACAAGAGACAAAAGCAAUCUGCGCAGAUCAACAUCAGGGCUAUCCCAGUCAGAAAUGCACAUCAACUUGAAUGGAAAGCAAAGGAGUUAUGACUACCUCUCUAUUCAUUCAACUCAGAACACAAUCAGUGCCCCUGGAUCGCCAGCCAUCCAAAAAGAAGUUUUACUAAGUGGUCUAGAAAGAGAAAUCAUUUGUGUCAGCCUAAAACGUGACCCAAAAAAUGGUUUCGGUUUUGUAAUUAUUGGAGGAGAAAAUGUAGGAAAAUUAGACCUCGGUAUCUUUAUCGCUUCAAUUAUCCCUGGGGGACCUGCAGACAGAGCUGGAAAUAUCAAACCAGGGGGACGACUCAUCUCUGUGAAUAAUAUUAGUCUUGAGGGUGUUUCAUUCAAUACUGCAGUUAAAAUUAUACAAAAUUCUCCUGAUGAAGUUGAGCUGAUCAUCUCUCAACCCAAAGACAUAUAUGAAGAAGGGUUAAAUGAAGAAAAGAGUAUAUCAAGAGGAAACAGCACUAGUGGUUCUGAGAUCUCUUGUGUAGAUGGUGGAAGAAAAAAGAUUCAAGACUGUCGAGCAGCUCUCCCCAAAGAACAGGCUGUAAAUAUAGAUGAACUUGAGAAAGCUCUUUCUUGGAGUUUAGCACCAAAAUUGGGCCCCAAGAUUCCAGUUCUUUCAGCAGAUAGCCUGGAUGUGGAGGAGGCUGACUCUUCACACUUACAACCUCCAGCUGAAACAGACUCAAAUGAAACCUACACUGUGGAGCUUGUUAAAGAAGAUGGGACUUUUGGAAUCAGUGUCACUGGUGGAAUUAAUACUAGUGUGCCUCAUGGUGGGAUAUACGUGAAGUCAAUUAUUCCCCGGGGACCGGCAGAUAAGGAUGGACAAAUAAAGAUAGGUGAUCGUCUGCUAGAAGUAGAUGGAAUCAGCCUUUGUGGCCUCACACACAAGCAGGCUGUGGAAAACCUUAAGAAAUCUGGCCAGAUUGCCAAGCUGGUUCUAGAAAGGGGACACCGUCAAGCAGCAGAGCCAUGCCUGAGUACUAAUGACAGAAAAGAGGACCAGUGUGCAGUGGUUUCUGUGGCAACAUCCUUCACAGAUGGCAGCAAGGACUACUGCUUUUUGACAGAUGAUAAUACAUUUGAAGUCAAACUGACAAAAAAUUCUGGAGGCCUUGGCUUUAGUGUUCUUCAGAUGGAAGAAGAAGGCUAUGAACAUCUUGGAGGAGCUAUUGUCAGGAUCAAAAGACUGUUUCCAGGGCAGCCAGCUGAAGAGAACGGAGAAAUUGAAGUUGGAGACAUCAUUUUGGCUGUGAAUGGGAAAUCUCUUCAAGGACUCUUGUAUCAGGAUGUCCUGCACUUGUUGAGAGGAGCUCCUUCAGAAGUCACACUACUUCUCUGCAGACCACCAAAAGGUGUCCUCCCAGAAAUUGAGCAGAAUGUCCCGACUCCAGCACCAUCCCCAGUUAAGGCAUUUAUGGCAGAGAUGCCAGGCAGUCCAGAGGCAGGUAAUAGUUUGGACCCAUCUACCAGCGAUGGAGGUAGCACCUCUCAAGACCUUGAAGACUGUUUGGAUUCUCCAUUGGCAGCAGAUUUCAGUGAGCCUCCUGAUGAGGAGAGCUCAACCUAUGAAGAGCAGGAAAGGGAGUCUCAAGAGAAUCCCAUCCAGAGACUUAUGCCCCCUAGGGAAAGUUCCUAUAAGGAUCUUUGGAAGUUUCAUCAAGAAGCUGCCAGUUCUGAAGAGUUUCACUCUCUAGAGGAAGAAGUGAAGCAGAACUGCUACUCUCCAUGUGAACUAGAAUGUGCUGAAAACCCUGUGUUUAAUAAGAGUGAUGGUGACCUAUCAAACAGAAAUUGUAUGUCUGAAAUUCUCUCUCUAACUCCUAUUGAUGAAGAGUAUCUCACCAUCAGCUCAACACCUGUGACCUCACUUUCAAGAGGAGGAAGCUCAGAGACUCUCUCCACAACCUUGGUGACCCCACAACCACGUGUCUGUGGCCCUUUCUCAUCAUCUCCGCCUGCUAGAGACACACAGAACAGUGACAAUGAAUGGGAAGACAUGGAGGAACUAGAGGAAGAGAAGGAGGAACAAGAGGAUUGCACUAGGGAAAUGGAGGUCUUUGUUACUUUGACAAGGUCAGAGAACAAUGGUUAUGGAUUCUCAGUGGUUCUUAACAAAAUGGACAACUGUCUUUAUGUUGAUGAAAUCUUGCAUGAGCCUGCCCUGUCAGAUGGAAGGCUGAGAAGGGGAGACAGAAUCAUUAUGGUGAAUGGAAUUGAUGUCACAGCUUUACAAUGCAAUGAAGCCCUGAGUUUGCUGCAGAGCUCUCCUCCUGAUCUGCACCUCGUGGUUGGUCGUGCUGGCAGUGAUCCACGUCCUUCUGUUAGGCCAGAUGACAUUCCUGAAAUCACUCUCACAAAAGGUGCCAAUGGACAGCUAGGCUUGAAGCUGACGGGAGGAGCUGGAAGUAAGCUACAAGGUAUUUAUGUGCUAGAGAUAGUGCCUGGCUCUCCUGCCAGUGUGGAAGGCAGUCUGCAGCCACGAGAUCAGAUUCUGUACAUCUGUGGGCUGUGGACUGAGGGCAUCAGCCUGGAUGAUGCAGUAAGAGUGUGCGAAGCUGCCACCCAGAACGUCCAAAUCAAAGCAACAAGAAACGGCAAUCCUGUGGUCCCUAUAGAGCAAGAAAAUAGGCCGCCUGCUGAGACAGAGAAAGACGAUACUUGUUUCUCAAACGAAAACCUGAAUUCCCAAGAGCAGCAUCUACUAAGUCAACAUGAGAAACAUUUGAAGGAAACAAAUUGUGAAGCUCAGCAAAGCACUCCCAAUUCUUCAGAAUGUAAGGACUUCAUUAUUAAGAUAGAAUUGGAAAAAGCAGAAAAUGGAAGCCUAGGAUUUGCACUAGUUGGCGGCAGAAAUGGCAGGGCUAUCCUAAUAAAAGCCAUCAGCCCAGACAGCAUCGCAGAUCUAGAUGGGAGGCUUCAAGUUGGUGACAUCUUACUUAAGGUAAACGAGACUUUAGUGUCUGGUCUGCCACGCCAAACAGUUAUAGAUUUGCUGCGUAAGGCUCAAGGCACUGUUCAGCUCACUGUCUGCCGAAGCGUAGCUUCACGUUGGGCUUACUCAAGCAGCCAGAGAAACAGUAUACCUUCCCCUCCAAACACAAACACAGAGCCUGAUGACCACAGUGUUGAGAGAAGCCUAGGAGCUCAAUCUGUUUUCACUUUGAAAGAAGAAUCCAACUGGAUGUGCAGCAAGGGUCCAGAAAGUACACACUGUCCCCCUUUGCAAGGUCAGAUGGCAGGACAAGAUUAUCAGGGUAUCAUCAGUAACACUUCAGAUGGAUCACAGAAGUACGCAGGAUAUGAAGGCUGCAGAAGAGAGAGUCAGCAGUCUGAGUCAGACAGCUGGAACAAUGAAGAUUAUGAUAUGUCCCACAGGACUUCCAUUCUACCUAGAAGCAGAACCUUUGUUUCAGAAGAUGAACCGACUCAUUUAAUUAACUUUAAAUCCUCACCAACCAGAAUACGUCCAAGGACUGGCAUCAGACAUUUUAUUCAAGGCAUUAAGUCACGGAUUGAAAAUCAGGAGGUCUUGAAAGAGUUUAUGGCUUUAGAACAUGUGAAGCCAGUAGAUGACUGCAGAACUGCCAAAGCACCAGAAAACCGGGAUAAAAACAGAUAUCAAGAUAUUCUUCCAUAUGAUAAGACACGCGUUCCCCUGGGAGAAAAUAACGGCUACAUUAAUGCAAGUUAUAUUAGAACGAAAGUUGGAGAAGAGGAACAUUUCUAUAUUAUAACUCAAGGGCCUCUGCCUUCUACUGUGGCUGAUUUCUGGCAGAUGGUUUGGGAGAGUGAAUCAGAUCUGAUUGCCAUGAUGACAAAAGAAGUGGAGCUAGGAAAAGUGAAAAGUCAUCGAUACUGGCCUGAACCUCCACAUGACUCCAUAAAUCUGGCUAAUUUUCAACUCAGGCUGGACAGUUACCAGAUUCUGGAAUACUUCAUAAUUAGAAUAAUAGAAAUGAUCAACAAACAGACAGAUGAAAGGCGAAUUGUAAGUCAUUUGCAGUUUACCACUUGGCCAGACCACAGUAGUGCCAAACUGUCUGAGCAGCUUGUAAAAUUUAUUUGUUAUAUGAGGAAAGCUCACAGGAGAGGACCUGUUGUUGCUCACUGCAGUGCUGGGAUAGGAAGAAGUGGAGUUUUGCUUUGUGUUGAAAUUCUUCUGAGCUACAUAGAAAAAGAUCUCUAUUUUAACAUCAAGCAUAUAGUCAGAGAUUUGAGAGAACAGCGGUUUGGCAUGAUCGAAAGUAAGGUAAGUUCUCAGUAUUCGAAGUAGAUUACGACUUCAGAAAGCUUUCAAAUUGUGGUACAUAUCCUUAUUCUCGUAUCAAUCUGGAAUUUAAAGCAUAACCUUAGCCCUCUUGUGAGGAAAAUAAUAGCUUUCCAGGCAAGUGUGUCUAUCUAAAUAUGGAAGGUUUUACUAACUGAAAUUAAGAAAAAAAGGGAAAAAAAGCCAACAUAAAAGUGACAUCUAGUGUAGCUUUGAGGCACUUGAAUUUUACAGAUCAUCAAUAUAGUACAUAUACAGGGCUUCUUUUCUCCUUUUGGCAAAAAUAAUAGGAGGAAUCACCAACGAAACAGGUGAGACUCUACCCUGCAAAACACAGCCUUCAGUCGAAUACUUGCAAUUGUUGAGCUAUCAUUGCCCUUUCUACUGCUGAGCUAAACAUACUCCCGGGGAGAGUUCACAGAGUACAAGACAAAAUGAAGGUACCUCAGAGCAAACAGGAGGUGGGAUGGAAAACAAGACAGGACUAGCAUAAGUUCUUCUCAGAGGCAAGUAUUUAAGCACACACUCCAAUACGCCUUAAAUUGAGCAGAUGAUUAAAAUUAAGCAAGUAGAUAACUUCCAUUGACUUCAGUGAGACUUAAGCUCAUGCUUAUCGGUACUGCACUGAAUAAAAAAGAGCUCCUGAACUUUUAGUAGUGAAGGAAAAAUGAGAUUGAGGAUACUCUUAAAUAUAUAUAUAUAUUUAUAUGUGUGUUACAGUGUUGCUAGCGUUACAAACAACACUACAGGCAGUCUAUACUUAUUUAUCUAGAUUUUUUUGCUCAAUGUAUUUGGGUGUUUCACACUGGUAUCUCUGUGUGCAGGAUCAGUAUUUAUUCUGUUAUGAAUUCGUUCUGCAAGUCCUUCAGAACCUUCAAGCAGUGGAUUCCUACUGACUGCAACGUGACUCUUUGUAACUAUCCUCCUCGGACUCUGGGGACCAUUCAGCUAUCGCUUUAAAGGAAUGUCAAGUGUUAUAUUACAUGCUCUAAUAGAUUACUCUGAUUCUUAAAACGUUUAAGAACCUUGCUUAACAUGCCCUGGGUAAGUCAUUCAAAUCUCAGCUCACAGUUUGGAGAAGGAGCCAGCCAGAACUGCAGCACUGCUGUUAAACUGUCAUGGACAACUUGUGUGCUCUGUGUAAUAAUAUAUUAACUGUUAGGAAAAUAUUUUUGAACUGUGACAAGGAGGUAGCAGCCUUCAGAAUUAGCUGUCCACAGGGCAACUCAAAAGGUUUAAGACUCUGCUGGUGUUGGUGGAAAAUUUGUUGUCUCCUACAUACAGCAUUCUUGGCUUCUGGGCUGCAAAUCAGUAUUUGUAUAGUAGACAUGCUUUUGUGUGGAAGGAUUCAAUUUGUUUGCCUUUUGUUGCUUGAACAGUGUAAAACCAUUUCCAGUCAUUGCUCCAGCACAGGAAUUCAUACCACCAUCACUAGACAUCUUAAAGGAAGAGAUAGGCAGAAACAUAGGAUGCUUUAAACCGUAGCUAUUUAUCUUAAAAGCACGAAGAGAGUUCUCUAAUUAUUGGAUGGCAUAUUCUUAUUUCCAGCAAUAUGAACAACUGUAGAUACAGUCAGAAUUCUUCCAUUCUGCAUCCACAUAAAAAGGGAUGCAAUAUUAAAUCAGACUGUGUGUGUAUUGUGGCACACAUACGCAUUUCAUCUUCCACUGAUGCUUUCUAUUGAUCUUUCACUCCAUUGAAUUAUCUUGUCAUUCUUAACUAGAAUCUGAAUCCAUCUACGGGAAGACCCAUUGGUUUCAGUAAGAGCUGAAUCAGAUCUUUAAAUAAGAGUAAAUAAUUCUCUGUACAGUUCAUUUCUCCUGUAAAAAGUGUUUUUGUUAUUGUGAGUUUGGAUUUGAGCAAAAACAUACUGUUCAGGUUUGUAAGACUGUAGCUGUCUCUAUAGUAAUAAUUCUGUUUCAGUUAUCUUAGAGGGUGGUAUAUAUUGAAGUGAUAUUACUAGAUAUGUAUUGGGAGAGUUACUUCAAAACAUAGAAAAUGAUAACAGCAUUUAUUUAACUGAACUGUACAUAUUUUUAAAAAUUCCCUGAUUUCAGAAAAUGUUAAGAGGCAUUAUUUAACAUUAUAUGUUAAGAGGUCUUAUUUGAAUAAGACCAUAAAAUAGCAGUUUAUUUUCAUUAUAAAAGAGAGGUUUAUGGCUCAGAAAGAAUGAGGAAUUACAUACAAAUUAAAAGCAUAACUUUUAGAAAAAGUCACUAUUAUACAAUUAUAAUUAAGGCCCAGGGCCAUUUUUUUUCUUUCUGCCCUCAGACAGUCUGCUGGAAGUCAGUAGAAGAUAUAAAUAGGAUUUAUGACAUGAACCAGUGUUGCCUUCUGCAACUGUGAUGUUAGCCUCCUGUGUUAGCCCUCUUGCACACUGACCAAUUACCUGAUCAGGGCCAAAUGACUGCAGACGCACACCAAUAUGAUGAGCAGUAAAAUGGCGUCUAUUCACUACUAAGCAGGAGGCUAACAUCACAGUUGCAGAAGGCAACAAACCAGAUGCUAAUUUCAAACAUACUAACACUGAUCCAGAGCAGCUUUAAACCAGUGGAGUAAACCUGGACCUAUACUGGUAUAAAUAUAAACAGAAUUUUAUGUUUUGUCUUAAAUUAAUUGAAUUUGAGCCUUCUAGGCUCCAUACAUUCUGAACUUACUUUCCUUAUGUUGCAUAUAAAGGACAAUUUGCACAGUUUUGUCAAGCAUCAUCAGCCGAAUUUUUACUUGUAAUGUCAUUACCUCCAUUUGCUAUUUGGCCUUUAACUUUGAUUUUAAUUAUUGUACAUGUACCUCUAUGCAAGAUAACACUGCACAUACAUGCACAAUUCACUUCUGUACCACAGAAACUUUAAAAACUUCUCAGUAAAAAUAUUUUUACAAGGUUGUUUUUUCUGUGGUUUAGAACAAAGAUUCUGGAUUUUGAAGACAAUCUUUGUGGCACUAUUUGUUCCUCCUCAUUUGUGCAUCAUCUUUGCAGCUGUUUGUCAGAAGCGUUUCCUAUUUUACAGGGAUAUUAAAAGAUUUCUGAAAACAC